AUGACCAUUCUCAUCCCCACCUUCUCGCACUUCGUCCUCGCCUGCACCUACUGUGAUUCCCGCAACAUCGCGCAGCUCUCCCACAGCGGCAUCGCCGCCAUCUCCUCCAUCUGCCUCUCAAAUCUCAUCAACAAGUACGGUCUCCGAAGGUUUUUGAUCUUCGAUAAGCUUCGCGAUGAGAGCGAGAUCGUCAGAAAGAGCUACACCAAGCAAUUUAAUAGUACGGGUACGAGCAGAAAGGAUGGGGAUUUGAGAGACGUGUUUGAUGGGAAAAAAGAUGGGCGGAUCACGGUGGAGGAAUUGUGGUUGGUUUUGUCCUCCUUGGGAUUCAGUGAGGGGAGCAAGAUUAAGGACUGCAAGGAGAUGAUCAGAAUGGUGGAUGUUGAUGGAGAUGGGAUGAUUGAUUUUGAGGAGUUUGAGAAGAUGAUGACACAGGGCCUUGGAAGGCUUAUUCAGUUUCUUGAUGGAGUUUUUGCAGAUUUAAAUUCUUGUUUUACUCCAAUUAAAACUGCUGCUACUACUGAUUUUCCAUCAAUAGUAUAUCUCUAA